AUGACCCAGCCGUGGACUUUAGCAACAGAUAUUGUGACGGAGUUGACCCAAGUAAAGAUUGCUCAGAUGAUCAACAGAAUAUACAUCCCACUCUGUGUGUCGGUCGGGGUAGUGGGCAACUUCCUGUGCUUCGUCACUCUCAUUUUCUCCAACCUGCGCCGGACCGCCACCUGCAUCUACAUGGCGGCCAUCGCGGUUCUCGACUCCAUCAUCCUGGUCCUCGCUCUGUGCAUCAUGCUGCGCAGUGAACUGGGGGACACGAGGCUUUACCUCGGAAGUGACUGGGCCUGUGGCGCCCAUUACUUCCUCUUCUACUUCUCCAUCCACUUCGACGUCCUCCUGCUUCUUGCCAUGACCUUUGACCGCUACGUCGUCGUUCGCUUUCCUUUCAAAGCUCAGCGCCUGAGCACGCCAAGGUCUGCCUUCGUGGCCAUAGUAGGUACUGGUCUGUUCUCCCUCGCACUUAACUUACAGAUCCUCUUCACACGUCGCCUGCAGCCCUCGGGAGACGACUUCACCUCUUUGAAGUGCUGGUACCCGGAUCCAGACGUUGAGCACUUCAUGAUGAAGAUCUACACCUGGAUCGACGCCGCCAUCUACAGCUUCGUCCCCUUCUGCACAUUAUUCGUUGUCAAUCUUUUGAUUAUUGCCCAGCUGCAAAAGUCUCGUGAAUUCACUCAGCAGUUCGUCCACCGAGGACAGAUGCAGUAUGGGAACAACAGCCACCGUGUUGAGACCGACAACAGCAUGUACACAAUCGACAGCGACGUCAACACCUGGGAUUCCCCCGACUUCGGGAAGGAAAGAACAGCAAAGCCACCUGGUGGUACUUCGUUCAGCAGCAUUCCAUCCCCAUCGUCGGCUGCGACGACGACAACGAUGUCAAAGGUACUGAACCCCACCAGCGCCGCAACAACCAACGUGACUGCCAUGCUUCUGUUGGUGACCUUCACCUUCCUGCUGCUGACCUCCCCCAUCGUCAUCAUCCUGCUGUUUCCAGCGUUACUACUGGCAUCCCAGCACCCCACAGAGAAGGCAACUGCUCAGCUGGCUCACGCUGUUGUCGACAACCUGAUGUACACCAACCACGCCGUCAACUUCCUGCUCUACUGCAUCAGCGGUCGUCGCUUCCGCCUGGAGUGCAAGCGCCUCGUCGUCAGGUUCUUCAACUGCAGUCUCAAGGGUUAG